CAGCCUGCUCUCACCACACUACUACUACUACUACUACUACUACUACUACUACUACUACUACUACUACUACUACUACUACUACUACUACUACUACUACUACUACUACUACUACUACUACUACUACUACUACUACUACUACUACUACUACUACUACUACUACUACUACUACUACUACUACUACUACUACUACUACUACUACUACUACUACUACUACUACUACUACUACUACUACUACUACUACUACUACUACUACUACUACUACUACUACUACUACUACUACUACUACUACUACUACUACUACUACUACUACUACUACUACUACUACUACUACUACUACUACUACUACUACUACUACUACUACUACUACUACUACUACUACUACUACUACUACUACUACUACUACUACUACUACUACUACUACUACUACUACUACUACUACUACUACUACUACUACUACUACUACUACUACUACUACUACUACUACUACUACUACUACUACUACUACUACUACUACUACUACUACUACUACUACUACUACUACUACUACUACUACUACUACUACUACUACUACUACUACUACUACUACUACUACUACUACUACUACUACUACUACUACUACUACUACUACUACUACUACUACUACUACUACUACUACUACUACUACUACUACUACUACUACUACUACUACUACUACUACUACUACUACUACUACUACUACUACUACUACUACUACUACUACUACUACUACUACUACUACUACUACUACUACUACUACUACUACUACUACUACUACUACUACUACUACUACUACUACUACUACUACUACUACUACUACUACUACUACUACUACUACUACUACUACUACUACUACUACUACUACUACUACUACUACUACUACUACUACUACUACUACUACUACUACUACUACUACUACUACUACUACUACUACUACUACUACUACUACUACUACUACUACUACUACUACUACUACUACUACUACUACUACUACUACUACUACUACUACUACUACUACUACUACUACUACUACUACUACUACUACUACUACUACUACUACUACUACUACUACUACUACUACUACUACUACUACUACUACUACUACUACUACUACUACUACUACUACUACUACUACUACUACUACUACUACUACUACUACUACUACUACUACUACUACUACUACUACUACUACUACUACUACUACUACUACUACUACUACUACUACUACUACUACUACUACUACUACUACUACUACUACUACUACUACUACUACUACUACUACUACUACUACUACUACUACUACUACUACUACUACUACUACUACUACUACUACUACUACUACUACUACUACUACUACUACUACUACUACUACUACUACUACUACUACUACUACUACUACUACUACUACUACUACUACUACUACUACUACUACUACUACUACUACUACUACUACUACUACUACUACUACUACUACUACUACUACUACUACUACUACUACUACUACUACUACUACUACUACUACUACUACUACUACUACUACUACUACUACUACUACUACUACUACUACUACUACUACUACUACUACUACUACUACUACUACUACUACUACUACUACUACUACUACUACUACUACUACUACUACUACUACUACUACUACUACUACUACUACUACUACUACUACUACUACUACUACUACUACUACUACUACUACUACUACUACUACUACUACUACUACUACUACUACUACUACUACUACUACUACUACUACUACUACUACUACUACUACUACUACUACUACUACUACUACUACUACUACUACUACUACUACUACUACUACUACUACUACUACUACUACUACUACUACUACUACUACUACUACUACUACUACUACUACUACUACUACUACUACUACUACUACUACUACUACUACUACUACUACUACUACUACUACUACUACUACUACUACUACUACUACUACUACUACUACUACUACUACUACUACUACUACUACUACUACUACUACUACUACUACUACUACUACUACUACUACUACUACUACUACUACUACUACUACUACUACUACUACUACUACUACUACUACUACUACUACUACUACUACUACUACUACUACUACUACUACUACUACUACUACUACUACUACUACUACUACUACUACUACUACUACUACUACUACUACUACUACUACUACUACUACUACUACUACUACUACUACUACUACUACUACUACUACUACUACUACUACUACUACUACUACUACUACUACUACUACUACUACUACUACUACUACUACUACUACUACUACUACUACUACUACUACUACUACUACUACUACUACUACUACUACUACUACUACUACUACUACUACUACUACUACUACUACUACUACUACUACUACUACUACUACUACUACUACUACUACUACUACUACUACUACUACUACUACUACUACUACUACUACUACUACUACUACUACUACUACUACUACUACUACUACUACUACUACUACUACUACUACUACUACUACUACUACUACUACUACUACUACUACUACUACUACUACUACUACUACUACUACUACUACUACUACUACUACUACUACUACUACUACUACUACUACUACUACUACUACUACUACUACUACUACUACUACUACUACUACUACUACUACUACUACUACUACUACUACUACUACUACUACUACUACUACUACUACUACUACUACUACUACUACUACUACUACUACUACUACUACUACUACUACUACUACUACUACUACUACUACUACUACUACUACUACUACUACUACUACUACUACUACUACUACUACUACUACUACUACUACUACUACUACUACUACUACUACUACUACUACUACUACUACUACUACUACUACUACUACUACUACUACUACUACUACUACUACUACUACUACUACUACUACUACUACUACUACUACUACUACUACUACUACUACUACUACUACUACUACUACUACUACUACUACUACUACUACUACUACUACUACUACUACUACUACUACUACUACUACUACUACUACUACUACUACUACUACUACUACUACUACUACUACUACUACUACUACUACUACUACUACUACUACUACUACUACUACUACUACUACUACUACUACUACUACUACUACUACUACUACUACUACUACUACUACUACUACUACUACUACUACUACUACUACUACUACUACUACUACUACUACUACUACUACUACUACUACUACUACUACUACUACUACUACUACUACUACUACUACUACUACUACUACUACUACUACUACUACUACUACUACUACUACUACUACUACUACUACUACUACUACUACUACUACUACUACUACUACUACUACUACUACUACUACUACUACUACUACUACUACUACUACUACUACUACUACUACUACUACUACUACUACUACUACUACUACUACUACUACUACUACUACUACUACUACUACUACUACUACUACUACUACUACUACUACUACUACUACUACUACUACUACUACUACUACUACUACUACUACUACUACUACUACUACUACUACUACUACUACUACUACUACUACUACUACUACUACUACUACUACUACUACUACUACUACUACUACUACUACUACUACUACUACUACUACUACUACUACUACUACUACUACUACUACUACUACUACUACUACUACUACUACUACUACUACUACUACUACUACUACUACUACUACUACUACUACUACUACUACUACUACUACUACUACUACUACUACUACUACUACUACUACUACUACUACUACUACUACUACUACUACUACUACUACUACUACUACUACUACUACUACUACUACUACUACUACUACUACUACUACUACUACUACUACUACUACUACUACUACUACUACUACUACUACUACUACUACUACUACUACUACUACUACUACUACUACUACUACUACUACUACUACUACUACUACUACUACUACUACUACUACUACUACUACUACUACUACUACUACUACUACUACUACUACUACUACUACUACUACUACUACUACUACUACUACUACUACUACUACUACUACUACUACUACUACUACUACUACUACUACUACUACUACUACUACUACUACUACUACUACUACUACUACUACUACUACUACUACUACUACUACUACUACUACUACUACUACUACUACUACUACUACUACUACUACUACUACUACUACUACUACUACUACUACUACUACUACUACUACUACUACUACUACUACUACUACUACUACUACUACUACUACUACUACUACUACUACUACUACUACUACUACUACUACUACUACUACUACUACUACUACUACUACUACUACUACUACUACUACUACUACUACUACUACUACUACUACUACUACUACUACUACUACUACUACUACUACUACUACUACUACUACUACUACUACUACUACUACUACUACUACUACUACUACUACUACUACUACUACUACUACUACUACUACUACUACUACUACUACUACUACUACUACUACUACUACUACUACUACUACUACUACUACUACUACUACUACUACUACUACUACUACUACUACUACUACUACUACUACUACUACUACUACUACUACUACUACUACUACUACUACUACUACUACUACUACUACUACUACUACUACUACUACUACUACUACUACUACUACUACUACUACUACUACUACUACUACUACUACUACUACUACUACUACUACUACUACUACUACUACUACUACUACUACUACUACUACUACUACUACUACUACUACUACUACUACUACUACUACUACUACUACUACUACUACUACUACUACUACUACUACUACUACUACUACUACUACUACUACUACUACUACUACUACUACUACUACUACUACUACUACUACUACUACUACUGUAACAACAGAAUACAAGGGCUGGCAACAGAUCGUUUUAUUACGAAAAUCAACAC